CUUGCCUACCCACAAUGUUGGUUAAAAUUGAUUAUCAAAAUUUAGUGAAUUAAAUUUUUGCGUUAACUCGCUCAUAUAAUUCUAGUGAAUUUUGAAAAGUUUAACAGUGAACUCUAGCUUGAAAUAAUCUCCUUCCUUACGUUACUAAUAUACUAAAUAAAUUCAUAAAUUACAAGAAUUAGAGUGUUUUCGUCGCCAUUUUGACUGUGUCCUGGAGUUGGACUGCACUGUUACAGCUCCUUUUAAUUUAAAUUUUAUUGAAGUUUAUAUGUGAUAUUUCAAUGAAUAAAUUUGAAAGCAGUUAAAAUAGCAUUCCAUCAUGGCUCAGCGAAGUAAUACAAUUGAUUUGAUUAUACAAGAUGCAAAUGGUCAACCACAAAUUAUUAAAGUUCAAAACCCGAAUGCCAAGCAGGUAGUUGCAACUGGGAUAAGACCCUUAACUGGGCAGACUGUAAGAGUCAUCAAAGCUGGAACUCAGGUUGUAACACCAAGUGGAAAUACGAUGGUAAUACAACAACCUAUGAUGAGAAUAGCAAAACCUGGACAAAGGCAACUAGUAAUUCAGACGAGUUCUCCUGUUGUGAAAGCUCAGCCACAACCUCAAAACAGUCCCACUAUUAUAACAAAGCCUCAGACAGCUGUGCCGGUCACGCCGCAGCAAGUGCAAAUGAUACAGAAUACCAAUAGUCAAAAAACACCGAACUACAUAGGACCAGUAAUCUUGGAUCGAAGUUUCAACCGUAAACGUCAGGAAAUCGAGACUGACUACGUUCCAGAGUAUGGAAAGCGACGGAAGUCAGAAAAAGGUGGUAAAGGCCUUCGGCAUUUCUCAAUGAAAGUUUGUGAGAAAGUGCGAAAGAAAGGAACAACUUCGUAUAACGAAGUAGCUGACGAGUUGGUGGCAGAAUUUACAAACCCUGCUCUCAAUACGGCAGCAAGUGAUCAGCAGUAUGACCAAAAGAACAUCAGACGUCGGGUGUAUGACGCUCUCAACGUGCUGAUGGCAAUGAACAUCAUAUCAAAGGAAAAGAAGCUUAUUAAGUGGCUUGGCCUCCCCACUAACUCCAUACAGGAAUGCCUGGACCUGGUGAAUGAGAAGAAGCAACUGGUGGAUAGGAUUAAGGCUAAAACACAACAACUGCACGAACUCAUUUUGCAGCAAGUCUCCUUCAAGCUUCUGGUGGAGAGAAACAAAAUGAAUGAGGCAAAGACGGGAAUACCACCACCCAACACCUCAAUUGAACUCCCCUUUGUCGUCGUCAACACGAACAAGAAAACAGUCAUUGACUGCAGGAUUUCUAAUGAUAAGACGGAGUACCUGUUUAAGUUCAACGAUAAAUUUGAAAUCAAUGAUGAUUUUGAAGUUUUGAAGAAGAUGGGCCUUUUGUUAGGUUUGGACAAAGGCCAGUGUACAGAAGAAGACUUGGAAAAAGCCAAAUCCCUGGUCCCUAAGUCAUUGGAAAGAUAUGUCACACAGUUGGCGUCUGGGCGGUGGGAUUAUGACAUGGACGGCGCAGGGCCGAGUGGCUCUGAUGUUGGCGCGGACAGGUCUCAACAGACAUCUCUGUCCGAUCCUCUCUCCCCCUCCCAGGACUCAUCAGACGAGGACACCGACAUGAGUAGCGAUGUUGAGAUAAACUAACCUAUUUUCAGAUCAUCAGGGCGUCGUAACUUAAUAGCCUUUCCCUUAGUGUGUCAUUUUGAAAAAUUACAACCUGAAUAUAGUGUCAGGAAAGUCAAUAUGCAAUGAAAAACUUAUAAUUGCACCUUAUUAUUUUACCUUAUUAUUACGUAAUUGUUUCUUUUUGUCAAAGCUUGUAAAGAAUUUGGGAAUUUUAACACCUGUUGUUUAGGUGCUGAUAUUGUUAUUAGGUUCUAUGUAGACUCUAUAGGUUCUUUAUCAUUUUGACAAUGUAUUCCAAAUACUAUUUGCAAAUCUUGUGUUCAACUCGGUCACCGUGAACGCUUGCCAUCAAACUAUGUGAUUGUCAAUAGAUUUCUGAAAAGCCUUUACCGAUCAAAGGAAGUUCAGAUUAAUUAUUUUUUCCAUUUCCAUCAAGUGAUUACGUUUUUAAGUUACCUCUAUGGUGAAAUAGCGUUUUGAGUUCCAUCUUUGCACAAUUAUGUGGAUCAACUUUUUGGAUUGAUUUCAUGAUUAUUUGAGUUCUCAGUACCAUGCCAUAUUGCCAUGCACAGCAACUUUCAAUGACACUAUAUUCUCAUCAGGUCUUAAUCAAUGUAAUCAAAUUUACUCAUUGAAACAAAAAAAGUAAUAUUACAAUCCCUUUUUAGGUAAUCAAUAAACUAGCUAGUUUAAAAGUCUUCCUCUCAGGGCUCACAUGCAGCUGCAUGUUCCGCUGCCAAGAAGAGGGCACCAACGGGCCAAGCAAAGGCGGCAGUGGGGAAGCAUCCAUGACGCUGUCAACAUUUUUAAACACUUUCACAAGAAAUUUUGUUUGCAUACGCGAUCUCAGAAAUAUCUUUGUUAUCUUUGGUGACCACGAUUUACAUGACACAACUCUGUGUGCAAUUUGUGGCAGAUUUUAUUGGCCAUUAUUAGAAAGCCAAAAUUUCCCGGUCCCAUGCAAUCUGGAUGUACAAGUCACUGUUACCCAGUCAUCAAAAUGUAAUCACAACUUUUGAUUCUUUUGGUUGGCUGGACACCCUGGCGUCAGCUGCAUUUGUUGGAAUUUAAUCACUUAAAUGUGAUUCAAUCAACACCUAGACAAGUUUAUGCAGGGGUAAAUCUUUGAAAAAUCAUCAUUAGGAAAAAAGUUUGCAUGUAGCUUAUUAAAUUUAUAGAUGUACAAGAAAUACAGUACUUUGAUUUUUUAUCUUUGUUCAAUGUCACAUUUUUGUAUUGCAUCUGUGCAAUGCAUAAAUGUAUUGAUUUGAUAUUGUACAUUUGGCAAUGUAUUAAUUAUUAUUUUUGAACAAAAAAAUUAUACCUAAAGUGGUGGGUUGUAUUUUGAGGAGUGCCAAAAAUGACAGCUGCAAAAUUGUAAAAUUAUGUAUUUUCCUAAAUCCAUUUUUUUUGGCAUUAUAUCUUAACACAAUAUUUGUAAUUGUUUUUCUUCCAUUAAUUUUUUGUUUAUAAAAGGAAAUUUAAUAUAGGCUAGUUUGUUGUAGAACAACUUACAAUGACACACAAAGGUUAUGGCUGGAAUCAACAAUUGCUUGAGGACACCCUGAAAUGAAACAACAUUUUCAUAUUAGUUUGACCGUUGUUUUGUUGUCAGGGAAAGUAUUUUGAAGUUUUAGUGUAAAUAGGCCUACACAAGAGGCUAAAACUACUAAAGGUAUUAUAUGAUAAUGUAGACGGAUUCACCAACUUAGGUUAUAAAUUUCACUUCAACCCAAAUUUUACCAAAUCUGACUUCAUUGUGUUUGUGAUAACACACUGACAAAGAAAGUAUCUGCCCAGUAAUAAAGAUCUUUGAUUUGAUAUAAUUUAAGUUGCUGGAUCAAGUAAUUAUAAAUUAUUUCUUUCAGCGACAAUUGAUUAGCCUACAAGUUUUUUUUUAAACUAUGCCUAUUUAUAUCUGGUUUUUCCACCAUCUUCUGGUCGAAAAAGAUAAACUAUCUUAAAUCAAGUUUUAUUAGUAAUAAAAAAAAAUAUUUGUGGUAGUGAACAGGAACACGUCAGAAAAUUUGUUUUCACCUUGGCAAAUUUUAAAAAUCUCAACAGAUUCCAAUGCAAAAAACUUCCAAUGUUAAGAAGGAAAAAUAUUUUAAUAUCCUUAAAAUAGCAAACUUUUUAGUUACAGUGUGAAACCAACAUUCUGUGGUUUCCAAGGUGUUUCUUGGGAGUUCUCGGAGAUCGCUGUAGGUUUAUUGUAUUUUUCAACAGGCAUUUAUCUAAAGGAAAUGAAAAUUCAUGCUAAACUAAGAAUAAAAUUGUGGGAUACCACAACUUUUUCAGCAUUCUUUAUUUUCCAUUUUAGAUUAUGUCAAUGUAAGAUUGUAGUUACUGAAAUAGCAAAGGUUUCUGAGCUCUCUUCCAUUCUAAUAUUAUGAGACGUUAAUUAGUUGAUUGAAGGAAUGAAGUAAAACAAAUGGGCAAUGUAAAUGUUAAAGAUGUCUUAUAAUCUACUUUCUCUGUUAGUGUGUGAACCCUCUUGAUAAAUGUUAUCGUUUAUCUAGCCAUAAUAGAUAAGUAUGCAUCCUUAAAAACUUUUCCAGGAAUAAAAAGAAAACUUUACUUGUCUUUUGUUCCUACAGGAGUGUGACAGGAAUUAUUUGAUAAGUAAUUUUCUUACAGUUUGCUUUGUUCACAUUCUAUGUUUAUUCAGAGGAUAAAAUGAUUGUUAGACAUGAACGAUUGCAGUAAUUAAUAAUUAUCAUGUUUGAGACCAUGCAUUGUGGUUUUCAGUAUAGGUAGCAUAUGUUAAUUACCAAUCAACCUGUUUCUUUGCCUCAGGCGUUUUGUUUUUGAUCGAGCCAGACUUAAAGAUAUGACUGCGUAUUCCAUUUUUGUCUAACAUUGCAACAUUUAAAGUACAAAAAGAAUCAAGCACGAUCUGAAGUCUAAUGUUACUGUUUGAUAAAUGGCGAGGUAAAGCUAAACUUAAGAAGAUUAACAUUGAAUACGCUUAAUGUUAGUAAUAGCAUUGAGUAUAAACCUAACCUAGAGAGCCCACCGCUAUACUGUUAGUCGGUACCGCUUUUGACGACGUAGUUCGGGCCGCUGACGCUUGGGUCGUGGUAGUCAAUGGUAAUGCAGUACGCCGCUGAGCUCAGUCUGCGUUGAGACACGCUGCGUUAAGGUAGCCUGCACCGCGCUCGCGCGUCAGUCUCCCCCCCCUACUCAUCGUCACUUCCCACAGCAACCGGCUUCUCCCUCACCGGUCGAGCUGUCUCUACAAAGCGAAUGCAAUGAACACGAACGGCAACAACUGCCUCUAACACAUAUAACAUAAUUUUAUCCAUACAUUACGCAAUU